AACCACAACGUUAACUGGAAAAAAACCCGCCCCUAACCGCCUCAUACGAAGCCUAUAAAUACUGCCACUAAUCUUACCACCUUCUUCAUAAUCACUCUUCCUUCCUUCCUUCUGUUUGUUUCUCGGGAAAAAAAAAAAAAAAGAAGCAGCAACAUUCUCGCUCUUUCUUUCUCGAGUUCCUUCAAUUCUUCCAACACAAGAAUUUUCAGAUGGCUCGUACAAAGCAAACUUGUCGCACUUUUGGUGGAGGAAAGCGGCUAAGGAAGCAUAUUGCGGCCAAGGUAAUGCGCAAAAAAACUGUGCCGGCUUUUGGAGGAGUGAAGAAGCCCCACCGAUACAGAGCCGGAACUGUUGCUCGUCGCGAAAUUCGCAAGUACCAGAAGACUACCGAUCUCCUGAUUAGGAAGCUUCCAUUCCAGAGGCUUGUUCGUGAGAUUUCCCAGGUCUUCAAGGCGGAUCUGAGGUUCCAGAGCCAUGCAGUGUUGGCAUUGCAGGAGGCAGCAGAGGCAUACCUCGUUGGGCUGUUUGAAGAUACUAAUCUUUGUGCUAUUCAUGCCAAGCGCGUCACCAUCAUGUCCAAAGAUGUUCAGCUUGCAAGGAGGAUCAGGGGUGAGGCUGAGAAGGCUUAGUUUUUUCCGAAAUGGUUGGGUGCUUUGUGAGGCCAAUCUAGUGAAGUAGUCAUAAGUAGAUUUAGGGUUUGUUUAGAUGCUUUGAAAGUAAGUAGUAGUAUGGUGGUGGAUGAUUGUUAUUAGUAGUAGUAAGUAAAAUUGUGG